AUGCGUCUGGCCGGACGGCUACUGUCGGCAGUGCUGCUGCUCGGGUCGCAUGUUGCCUGCGUCCCAGUUGAAACGCUGGAGAUAGAAGCCCGCGAGCUACAGCUCCAGCUCCAGCUCGAGCUCGAGACACCGCCGCCAACUCUGAACGAGCUGGCUCCCGUAGAAGAAGAUGAUGACCCUUCGGCAUUCACAAUCCCCUCACGCUACGAGUCGACCGUUCUGGGUCGACGUCUGCUCGGCCUCUCCAAGACCGGCAUCCUCACCACCGUGUUCCCCGAGAACAUCACCUCAGACCGUGUGCCUGCAGGUGUGGCCAACACGCCCAUUGGACUGCCGGAUUACAUUGCCUCGUGCGAGGAGCCGAGCGGGAACCCAACUCUUCUGGCCCUGACAGUGUCGACAUCGACGCAGAACGCCCUGGCUGGCUCCAACGUCUCGCUGACACUGUCCUGGUGGGACCAGUACGCGCAGCUCACCCAUCACCAGCCCUGGUCGGCGGCGAACCUUCCACGGUUGAAUCUGGUCGGAUACUUGGAGAAGAUAACGGACGACGAGGUCAAGAGCGAGGACAUUGCGGCAUGUUUCACAAAAGCCCACGGUGACAGUGUCCUCUGGUUGCCUGGAAAGAAGUGGGCCGCGCACAAGGGUCUGUGGGUGAGACUGGUCGUUCGCGAGAUCUAUUGGAUCGGUGGGUUCGGUGAUCGCAAUUUCAUCGGUUGGUUUGAUCGAGACGAGUGGGCUGCUGUCAAAGUCGACGAGUGGUUGGCGGCAAGGUUGCCUGGUGAGAAAUGA